AUGUUGAAUAUACUAGAUCUCAUCUUUCUAAGUUUAGCUUUUAUGGUUACUUUUACUGGAUUUCUAAUAAAUAAUUUUGAAAAACAUGUGCCGGUUUUCGUUAUUAAAAGUUACAGAUACGGUAGUUUUGCAUACCAGGGUUCUGGAGCUAACUAUUUGCAGAUGAUAGAAAUUCCUAAGGCAUUUUACCGCCAUUUCUAUUUCUUCUCUUCUGUAUUUAGUACUGCUACUUUGGCAUACAUGGUAUUAGUUUAUUAUUUAAAUUUCAAUGUAAACUCGUAUAUUGUUUUUGUGUUAAGAAUAUUAUUGGAGCAGGAUGAAUCGGCAGUGAGUGCAUCAGCUGCCAUCAUAACUAUGAGCCUCCUUACCCUCCAGUGCGUACGACGUUGCUAUGAGACAUACUGCCUUCAAGUGUUCGCUAAGUCCAGUAAAAUGAACCUGAGCCAUUAUCUUGUUGGAAUGGUGCAUUAUUUCGCCUGCGUAAUCGCAGCUGUGGGGCAGGCACCAUUGUUUUGUGGCAACCAAAACAGGGACGAAGUCGUCUGGACUGAUAAACGUACGAGCAUUUUGGCAGUUCCAUGCAUACUAAUCUUCCUGUAUGUCUGUUACGAGCAGUACCAAACCAACGUAAUCUUCGCAAAUCUGCGCAGGGACAAGAAGACCGGUGAAGUUGUGACGGAGGAACAUAGGAUACCACACGGGAGGCUUUUCGAGCUGGUCUCUAGUCCGCAUAGGCUCUGUGAAAUAAUUUUAUACACCGUUCUUAUCAUAUUGAUACCGACAAAAACAUUCUUUUGCAUAUACCUGUGGGUGCUAAGCAAUCAGAUUCAGACUGCCAUCCAAGCACACGAGUGGUACAAAAAGUCAUUCAAAGGCUACCCGACAAACAGAUUCGCUAUUAUCCCAGCUUUAUUGUAA